CCAUCUCUGCAGCCAGGACCCCCCCGGGGCGGAUGGGGGGGCGCUGUUGAGCCCCCCCCUUUGGUUUGGCCACGUGUCUCUCCAGCAGGGAUGCAAAUCUCCCCGCUUGUCAGUGCGGGGUGUAAAAUCCAGGCAGGUGUCUCCCCUUUCGCUCCAGGGACAGACCCUUCCUCUAGGCUCCGCCUCAGAUCCCCCCCCCCCCCCCGUUUUCUCUUCAAUUCUCCAAGGUCCAUUUAAAAUCUCCUCGGAGGUGGGAUAUUUCCCCACCCGUUGGCCCGGCUGCAAAUUGUCCUUUGUUAGGUGGGAAACUGAGUCAUUCCCCAAACGGGAAGGGGGUUAGCGGGGGCAGCUCGCAGAGUCCCGAGACGCGGCCGCCUCUGGGGUGGCCGUUCUGUACCAGCAACAAGGCCUGGAAGGGCACAGGAGGAGAAAGUGUCCCCAGUGGAGACUGCCCAGCUCCAGGUCGCACAACCCCAGAUACUGCCCCCCCCACCCCACCCCCACGCACACACCCCCACACUACGUGCAAAGCAGCUCCCCCCAGCUGCCAGUCACCUGCACACCCCUGCUGUGGCCCCCCUCCAUUGCCAGGGAGCCUUCCUGCUCCAUACCACCCUCACGUACCCUCUUAAAGCAGCUCCCCAAAGGGCUCCCUGCUGCCCAUGUGACUGGUGGUGCACUAUGACUGUCUAUUUAUUGAACUUCUGUGGACAGUCCUGUCAAAUUGUCCCAAUGUUCUCACAUAUUUAAUAUGGAUAUAAAAUCCCUUCAGAUCUUCAUUGUGUUUUAUCAUAUUAUCAAAUAUUUCUUUUUUGCCCAUUUCCUCCCCAAUUCUCAGAGAUUAAUAUAAAAUAUCCUGUGUGCAGUGCUGUAGUAGCCAUGGUGGUCCCAGUAUAUUGGAGGUUGUCCCCUUGAUUUGUAUACAAAUGUUUGGUGUUCUUCUCCAUCUCGUUCCUUAGGAAUCCUAACGUGGUGUUAGCUUUUUUUGGCAGCAGCUGUGCGUUGAGCAGAAUUUUGUUAUUGGAUUAAUUUUUUAAAUCUUUUGACAGCCCUAAUAUUUAUAGAACCCUUAUCUUUUGUCACUUACUUGGCGUAACUCAUUUUGUGACUUAAACUUUCUGAUUUUGUCCCCACAUGCUUGUGCUAUGCUCUUUUGUACUCAUCCAUAGCAAUUUAUCUGUGAUUUCACUUGUUUAGGAUUCCUUUUUAUUUUCUGGUCAUUAAAGAGCUCCUGAUAGAGCCAUAUUGCCCGCUUACUAUUCUUUCUAUCUUUCCUUCACUUUAUGAUAAUUUGCCAUUCCUCCUUUAAUAUUGUCUCACAGAAACUGUCAGCUCUCCUGGACUCUAAUUUUCACCUCAGAUCUUAUUCCCAUGGGACCUCACCUACCAGUUUUCCAAGUGUGUUGAAGUCUGCCUUUUUGAAGUCUGUUAUCCUUAUUUUGCUACUCAUAGAAUUUUUGCCAUUCAUACAAUCAUGAAAUCUAUCAUUUCAUGAUCACUUUUGCCAGUAUUGCUUUCCACCUUCCAUUUCCUAACUAAUUCCUUCUUGUUAGUCAGAAUCAGGUGUAAAAUGGCCAUCCUCUGGUUACUACUUCCAUCUUCUGAAAGAAACAGGUGUCCCCAAUACAUUCCAAGAACUUAUUGGACACUUUGUGUUUGGUUGAAUUCUUUUUCUAACACAUGCCCUCCCCUGCUCUUCCCCUGCCCUGUUACUAAGUAUCCUUUGAAUUUUUCUGUUAUUUACCUGGGUCUAGGACAUCAGUGUGCAGGGAAAGAGCCUGGGGGGAAUUGUGAUGUGAAAUUAUUUCCUGUUCUGACAUGACUUCUAUCGCCCUUUUUGCCAUAACAGGCUGCAGCGUAACAUUCAUGUUUUGCUCCCAGAUCAUUCCAUCCUUCCAGGGAAGGGAAAUGGCUGCAGUGGAGCCAGCUGAGGGAUCAGUGACCUUCGAGGAGGUGGCUGUGUAUUUCACCAAGGAAGAGUGGGCUCUGCUUUAUCCCGCUCAGAGAGCCCUCUACAGAGACGUUAUGCAGGAGAACUUUGAGAAUGUGACCUCGCUGGGGUUUCCAGUUUCCAAACCUGAUGUAAUCUCCCAACUGGAUCGAGGGGAAGAGCCAUGGGCCUCAGAUCUCCAGGGAUCAGGGGAAAGAGAGAUCCUGAGCAGCUUCUGCACAGGUGAUGGGAUGGUGAGUGAGACCAUGAAGCAGAAUCCUCAGCAGGAAGAUGAUGAGCAAGUGGAGCCACCUGGGGCGUUAUUGCAAAGAUGCAAAGGGAUUGUGUCCAGGAGUUGUGAGCAGGGAAAAGCCUGUGAAAGUCAGCACAUUCCAGAGAAGUGGCAGGGAAACCAGCCAAUGCAGAAAUUUGGUAAAUCUGUUAAUUAUCAGGAAACUCACAAAGGCCUCAAGGAAACCACAGCCCAGCAGAGAAUCCCCACGGGAGAAAAAAAUAACACAUGCACUGAGUGUGGGGAAAAGUUCAGUAGGCACUCACGCUUUAUUAGCCAUCAGAGAAUCCAUACUCAAGAGCAACCCUAUGCAUACUGUGAGUGUGGGAAAACCUUCGCUCAGAGCUCAGCCCUUAUUAAACAUCACAAAGUCCACACAGGGGAGAAACCCUAUGAAUGCUGUGAGUGUGGGAAAAUCUUCACUCGGAGCUCAACCCUCAUUGCACAUCAGAGAAUCCACACAGGGGAGAAACCCUAUAAAUGCUGUGAAUGUGGGAAAACCUUCACUCUUAGCUCAACCCUGAUUGCACAUGAGAGAAUCCACACAAGGGAGAAACCCUAUGAAUGCUGUGAGUGUGGGAAAACCUUCACUCAGCGCUCAAACCUUAUUACACAUAAGAGGAUCCAUACAGGGGAGAAACCCUAUGAAUGUUGUGAAUGCAAGAAAACCUUCACUCAAAGGGCAUCCCUUAUUAGCCAUCAGAGAAUCCAUACGGGGGAAAAACCCUAUGAAUGCUGGGAGUGCGGGAAAACCUUCAUUGUGAUCUCAAAUCUUAUUAAACAUCAGAAAAACCACACAGGGGAGAAACCCUACGAAUGCAGUGAGUGUGGGAAAACCUUCGCUUGGAGCUCAAACCUUAGUUCACAUCAGAGAAUCCAUACAGAAGAGAAACCAUAUAAAUGUAGUGAAUGCGGGAAAACCUUCACUCAGAUCUCACACCUUAUUACACAUCAGAGAAUCCAUACGGGGGAGAAACCCUAUGAAUGCCAUGAGUGCGGGAAAACCUUCACUCGGAGUUCAAUCCUUAUUAUACAUCACAGAAUCCAUACAGGGGAGAAACCCUACGAGUGCUGUGAGUGCGGGAAAACCUUCACUCAGAGCUCAACCCUUAUUACACAUCAGAAAAUCCACACAAGAAAGAAACCCUAUGAAUGAUGACAGACAGGGUUCAGAGUAGCAGCCGUGUUAGUCUGUAUCCGCAAAAAGAACAGGAGGACUUGUGGCACCUUAGAGACUAACACAUUUAUUUCAGCAUAAGCUUUCGUGGGCUACCACUUCAUCGGAUGCAUGCAGUGGAAAAUACAGUAGGAAGAUAGAUAGAUAUAUACACACACAGAGAACGUGAAACAAUGGGUGUUAUCAUACACACUAUAAAGAGAGUGAUCAAUUAAGCUAUUACCAGCAGGAGAGAAAAAAAACCUUUUGUAGUGAUAAUCAAGAUGGGCCAUUUCCAGCAGCUGACAAGAACGUGUGCGGAAUUGGGGGGGAGGAGGAAAUAAACAUGAGGAAAUAGUUUUAGUUUGUGUAAUGAGACAUCCAGUCCCAGUCUUUAUUCAAGCCUAAUUUAAUGGUGUCCAGUUUGCAAAUUAAUUCCAGUUCAGCAGUCCAACGAGAGACUGAUCACUCUUGUUAUAAUGUGUAUAACUGUAUUUUCCACUGCAUGCAUCCGAUGAAGUGGGUUUUAGCCCAUGAAAGCUUAUGCUCAAAUAAAUGUGUUAGUCUCUAAGGUGCCACAAGUCCUCCUGUUCUUCCUAUGAAUGAUGUGAGGCAAGAAAACCUUCACUCAAGAGCUUAAACCUUAAUACACAUCAGAAAAUUCACAAAGGGGAGCACCCCUAGGAAUGCUGUGAGUAUAGGAAAACCUUUGCUCAUGGCUCACACCUUAGUGGGCAUCAAAGGAUCCACAAAGGAGAGAUCCUAUGAAUUCUCUGAGUGUGGGAAAUUCUGUCAGAGUUCAGCCCUUAUUUAUUAUCAGAGAAGGGAGAUAAAUACCAUAAAAACCUUGAUUAGGGCUGAGAAAAGAUUUUAUUUUCCUUUUGCUAAUUCCUGCAUAAUGAACUUCAAGGCAGCAUUUGUGUCAUCGUGGUCUCUCAGCUCCACCAGCUGAGUUGUCUGCUUUUCCCUUUUGCACUCACCCUUCCUUGGGGUCAAUCUCAGAAUUUUUUUCAUUUUCACCAACUCCUUUGUCCUAUGUCAUGGAAGUGUGUGUCCCUCCAACAGGACUGUCCAUCAGCCUCAGGUGGGGGAAGUGGGAGUCACUUCAACUAGGUGCAUAGAAGUUAAAUCUACCUGGGCCCUGACUGCACUAGGAUAUUCCAUGGAGUUAGAUAGCUUGAAUUAGCUAUCUUGAUGUAAAAACACAACUAUUUUUUCAAGAAAGAAAAUAGCCCAUAUAUAGUGGCCAGGGAAAUUUAGCAAAUUUCCUCAAGACCUGACAUAACUUCCGUAACUUCUCCUAGUCUAAACAUAUUUGGAGCAUCAUAUUCAUACUUUUCCUCCCACUGUAAAGUGAUUGUUAGUCACCAGGUUCCCCCACUAGGGACAAAUUGUCUCAUUCCCAGUUGUUCUCACAAUGCACUGGGUUGUGCUGAAUAGCGGUUGAGUUUUGUAUCAUUUUUCUUAUUUUAAAUAUAACAAGGAGCAGGAUUAGGGAUAGGAAAAUAUGUUUUUUCAACUUCUGUGACACCUGAAGUGGUGAGUUGGAGGGAUUCCCACGUUCAGAAUUAGCUCAACAGUAUUUCCUCUGUUUGAACCAUGUAGAAUUUAUCUUCUACACAUGCUACAACUCUACCUCUCAACGUGUCAUUUGUGUCAGUGUUCUCAGUCCUCUGCUUGGGACUCACACUUUGUUUUCUUUGAUCUUAAAACCUAGUAAUUUAGGUCUUGAAAUGAAGUUGGCAGAGACCUGGAAAGGGAAUUUGAAUGGAUCUCAAACACAGUGCCAUCAUUUGGAGUUUAAAUCCCAGUUUCCAACUGUUAGCAAAGGAGUUUUCCUACUAAGAUGGGGUGGUUUGCAGAUGGGAAGAUUGGCUGGGGUUUUGUUUUGUUCUGUUUUUGUUUUUUCAUUACAAUGAUUCUAGAACUUUUGUAAAUAAUACAACUCAACACUAAUGAGUGAAGCAGGUUUGAAUGGAUCAGAGGAGAAUCUCUUGUCUUGGUUUUGAGUCAACACAUUCAACACAUGCUCUGGAUUUCUAGUUCUAUGAAACUGGAUGUAUCAUAUCUCUCUGUGAUGUGGGUUUUUCCUCUUUUUUGAGGGCCAUUUGGUCACAUAACAGGAUAUUAAUUUGAUUCGUCAGACUGUGGCUCUGAUUUAUUGGGGACUUUGAGAAAAUGACUGUUUUAGCAAGUAGCCAUUUCUCAGUUUAUUUUUGCUUUUUCCCUGCCCCCCCGCCCUCCAUGAUGACAUGGAGAAACUUCAAGUGCAGUUCAGUCAACAGGAGAGACUACUCCAAGUUAUUGGACAUAUCACCAACUGUUUUUAAAUCUCCAGUCUGAAAUGGUGAACAACAGCGUGCCCCAAAUUAUACAACUAAUGGAAGUAACUGGAUACAGUCACAGUGCUGUUCAAUAGUUUAGGUCAAUAUUGUCUCAGAUGAUCUGGGUAGAGGAUUCCUCAGUAAGUGAUUAGGAGCUAGGCAAAAGGCUCGCAUAUGUGUUUCCCAAGGCAGUUGUGAUGCAGGGUCUUGUGACAGACUUGUUCACACCCUGCACACUAUUACAGUAAUUUUUGUAUAAGGCAUGUCUUGUGAGCUACCAUUUAAAAAUCCAUAAUUUGCUGAUCAAUAGUAUGGAAAAGUACACAUAGCAGCAUUGUAUGUAACAUAAUAAACAAGCUGAAAUCAUGGCUAAAAGUAAGUUUGGCAGAUAAAUCUGAGGAAUGGCCAAAAGCAGUUCCUCAGAGACCAAGGGCAAAUGACACCUCAGCCAAGUGUAAACAAGGCUGAUGGACCAUUACCUGCUAAGUGGCCAUUCUUUGGCAGGAAAGGGGGCCAGAGCAAAAAUACCUGCAUUUAAGGCCUUGUCUGCACUACAGAGUUUUGUCAACAAAAUUAUGCCGCUUUAAUUAAAGUGCUUUAAUUAAACUGC